GUGCAGUUUUCUAACAAAUUAAAAUGGCGGAUACUAUAUCGAAAAUGUCAAUUAACAACAAUAAUGGAAUAAAUGUCGCACAAAUCGUCGAAAAGGAUUGUGAUAUCGAACGUGGCGAGGGUCGUUUCGGUGUCGGAGUAUCGCCGUCAGGAGGUCACCCGCGGCCGGCGUCGACGUCGACGCCGGGUUCGGCGCCGACAUCGGCGUCGCGCGAGUCGUCCAACGCCAACAGAUGUGAUGUGACGAGGGCAACGGCCGGAGUGGGGCGCGAUGUAAACGCAGGUACGCGCCAGGGCCAGGACGACGAGCAGAGGAGUACACGUGCCGGCGUGGGCGCCGGACCAUUGGAUCGGAGAUCGGAGAGAGACUCGGCGAGCGGAAGCCGCUGGAAGGCGGUCGGCCGUUUUCUACGUCGCUUGACUCUCAUCAUGCUGUUGCUGGCGGUUGCUGCUGGCACUUUGGCUCUAGUGACAAUCUAUAUGGGUCCGAUUUAUCUCGUGCAACUGCUUCUAGUGGUCUUCGUUGCCUAUUUUGUCGCCGGUGGCCGUUUAAGAUGGUUCUACAUCGCCCUGAGGACAUUGCCACGUGAUUGCAAAGGACUUAUAGCUUAUAUUAUAAUGCUGCGGUCAAUACGUGGUCACGAGAAAAAAGAUAGAAGCGUCGCCGAUAUAUUUAGACAAUGGGUGAAUCGUCAUCCUAAUAAAGUCUGCUUUAUAUUCGAAGAUCAGGAAUGGACUUUUCAACAGAUGGAGGAUUUUAGUAACAAAAUUGCGACGAUAUUCAAAACGCAUGGUUAUAAAAAAGGAGAUGCGGUUGCUUUACUCUUAGAAAAUCGACCGGAAUUUGUUGGGAUUUGGCUAGGUUUAAGCAAGCUUGGCGUGAUAACGCCUUUGAUUAACACCAAUCUCCGUAAGACCAGCUUACUGCACAGUCUCAAUAUCGCAAAAUGUCAGGCGCUUAUAUACGGCGCGGAAUUCUUUAACGCUGUGACAGAUAUCGCCUCGUCUUUAGAUGCUAAAUUGGCCUUAUACAGAUUCGGGAGUCAUCCGAAUGCAAUGUCGGUCGGAUUAAAAGAGAAAGAUUUGAAUGCCAUUCUGGUGGAUACGUCCGCAGCACCACCGGUGGUGCAAGAGAAAGGCGGUCAUAACGACAGAUUGUUAUAUAUAUAUACAAGUGGCACUACAGGUCUUCCAAAAGCAGCUAUAAUUACGAGUUCAAGAUAUAUCUUUAUCGCGGGUGCUGUACAUUAUGUGGGGUUCUUACGUAAUUCCGAUAGAUUAUAUACACCUUUACCAUUGUAUCAUACUGCUGGUGGAGUCAUGGCUGUAGGGCAAGCUUUAUUAUUUGGACAUACAACAGUAAUUAGAAAGAAAUUUUCAGCCAGCGCGUACUUUAGUGAUUGUCUUAAAUACAAAUGUACCGUUGCUCAAUACAUAGGCGAAAUGUGUCGGUAUGUCCUGGCAGUAUCACCUAAGAAAGAGGACAAGGAGCAUAAUGUUAGAAUGAUUUUUGGUAAUGGGCUAAGGCCGCAGAUAUGGGAAGAAUUUGUAAAACGAUUCAAUAUUCCUAAAGUGCUUGAAUUUUAUGGCGCUACCGAAGGCAAUAGUAAUAUUAUGAACGUUGAUAAUAAGACGGGUGCAGUCGGGUUUAUUUCGAGAAUUGUUCCUUCGUUAUAUCCUAUAUCUAUUAUCAAAGUAGAUGAAGAUGGCGAACCAAUACGCAAUUCUAAAGGGCUGUGUCAAGUUUGUGAACCAAAUGAACCUGGCGUAUUUAUUGGCAAGAUUUUACCAAACAAUCCGACCAGGGCAUUUUUAGGAUAUGUGGAUGAAAAAGCAUCUGAGAAAAAGGUAGUUCGCGAUAUUUUCACAAAAGGAGAUUCUGCUUUCAUAUCAGGAGACAUCCUCGUGGCUGACGAAUUGGGAUAUUUAUAUUUCAAAGAUAGAACGGGCGAUACGUUUAGAUGGAAAGGAGAAAAUGUAUCGACUUCUGAAGUUGAAGCAAUAAUCAGCAAUCUCAUUAACUAUCGAGAUUGCAUAGUAUACGGCGUUGAGGUAAUAAUAUCAAUUUUAUUAUCCGUCGAUAUUAAGGAACAAUUACCCGCUUAUGCUAGGCCACAAUUUGUCAGAAUUCUGACAAAAAUUGAUCUCACAGGAACAUUUAAGUUAAAGAAAAAGGAUCUCCAAGAAGAAGGGUACAAUGCAGAAAAAAUACAAGACAAGCUAUAUUAUUUAGACGCGAAGCUUGGUUAUCAGUUAUUAACACGAGAGAUUUAUGAUCAAAUUCAACAAGGCAAAAUCAAAUUCUAAGUAUGUCAACCGGAAGAAUGUAAACUAUGGCAAUAAUUAAUAUUUUAGAAUAUUUUUACCGUCAUACAUACAAUUAUUAUUAUACGCGAAUCUCAAAAACUCCUGGUUUUCUUCAGGCAGUAAAAUAAUUGCGAUAUUUCAAUCAUAUUUAUUAAGCAGUACAUUUAUCGAUAUAUGUAUUGAUAACUGCUAUUGGAUUGUGUCCAUUACUAUGUUUAUGUUUUUUAUGCGGAGUAUGCAGGCAUAGAGUAUAAUGACAAUUCCAAGUGCAUAUAAAAUAAAUAAUAAAUAAUAGUUCAAAUCUGGAUUCAACUAAACAAUUAAAAUGAUCUAAUUAGGCAAUUAGAUCUUUUGUAAAUAUAUAAAUAAUAUAUGCCUUUGGAGAUCAAAUUUUUAACAAAAUAUUUUCAAUCUAAAAAUAUUCUUUAUAUUUGUAUUAUAUAUGGUAACUUCAUUCAAGCUUCAUCAUGCUUUACAUGUUUUUAUAUAGAUAUUUCUAUUUUUUAUAAAUUAUAUAAUUUUUUCUAUAAUUCACAAUAGUCUUGAUAUUUCGCAAUUAUUUAAUUAUUUAGUUAUAUCCAGAUUGUAAUAUUUUUUGUGUUUUACAUUAAUAUUUGUAUUGUUUCAUAAAAAAUAUUUGGAAAUGUGUAUAAUAAAUUCUUAUUAUACAAAUA